CACAAUUCAUUCAAUUAAACACUGAAACAAAGCAAAAACACUGUUCUUUAAAUGACACAUUUAAUGUUGGAGAAAUCACUCUUUGUAUUGCCUGGUGUGAUUGACUGUAUGUUUACUACUACAACCACAGCAAACUAUCGUAUUAUUAAAGAUUAUUCUAGUCUCUUUGUCGGCCAGGGUGUCCACAUUUUUUCCACUGAGGGCCAAAUGCAGUAAACAAAGAAUGUGGGGGCCAUUUUAUUCACUGAACACGAUUAAACCAACUGAGUGUAGGCCCUCAGGCAGCACUUUGGACACCCCUGUUGACGCCAUCCUGUUAGCUGUUUGAGUGCUGAUUUGCUGAUGACUUGAGCUGGCUGCAGCUUGCAGACUGUUUGAACAUUUGUCAGUGUGUUCGUCGCAGACAAAGGUGUGUUGGGAGUGUGUGUGCCUCAUCGGUUGAGUCAGUCGGUUUCGACCUUCAUGUGGUGAUAGGAUUAACGUUGUUAACCUGAGCCGUAUUCCUUUCUUAAGGAGCUCAGGAGGCGCAGCGUUGUUGCUCUCUACUUAAUCAACUAAAAACACACGCACACGCACCCACACACCCACACAGCAUCAACACAACCACAGCAGACACCACAACUACUGGAAGUCCACGCAGGUUUUUACUAUCAUGGACGUGUUGAUCCAAGCCUACAUGGGGAACACACCUUUGUGAGACAAUGCUAACUUCGCAUGAGCGUGAGUUUUUGUUUGUGUGUGUGCGUGUGUUAAAGUUUCAGUCCUGCUCUUUUUGUCCCAGACAAAAACCUGUGUGGCCACUGGCAACAGCAGCCUACUGUUUCUUCUCCUUCAGCUUGUCUUUAAUUUUCUGAGGCUCGUCGUAUUGGAUCAGGCGCAGGAUGUCCUUGUUGUCCAUCACACCCUGGAUGAACUCGCCCUCCGAAAUUUUAUCUGGCAAACAAUCCAGCAAACAUAAACUCUAAAUAUUCUCAUUCAUGCUGGUCAUUUUAUUCUCCGGGCAUUGAAUGCAUCGCAUCUGGACUUUCCAGAAGACAUUUGGCCUCUCAUCUGAGCAGGCUUCAUCGGGUCAUCGUGUGACUAGGUAGGACAGCUUUAGUCUGAGGGGUUGGUGCAGGCCGGGCUACCACACCACCUCUCCCCCGCAUCCAGUGCUGCCUUUUCAUCCGAAGAUUCAAUCUAAGAAAUAAACAAGACACAGCCAUGUUGGUUUCAGGCGUGUCCAUGACCAUCGUUACGUCUGAACGGGAUGCUAACAAGUGGAUUCCACCCAAACGACCGUCAGUGGCUGACAGAGGCCCCACUCCAUUGGGGCUUAACAACCGUCGUUUUUGUCCUUGUCUGGAUGUGCCUCCUUCCUUUAGAGGAUAAAUACUUUGGAUCCUACCUAGUCAUUGAGCAUGAACUGAUGAAGCCUGCUCAGAUGAGAGAAGCGUAACGCCUAAGAAGCAUCUAACCUGAAGUCCGCUUGCCGUGGAUUCAAGGCCCUGAGAAUCCAGCAAACACAACAGCUGACCUUUAAAAACCUUUAAGACGGAAACAAAAAGACGUCUGUGGUGCUUCAAUUACCGUUCUCCUUCUUGCCGAAGAAGCUCCAAAUCUUCUCAGCUCUUUUUUCGGGCGUGUUUUCAUCUUCUGGAAGAUUCUCCUGGUCAUCAGCUGGUAUCAUGUUGAAGAUGGACUGCAUGCAAGUCACAUGACUUUUUAACGUUAACCAUGACACUUCUUUGGCUUUUUGUGCCACUUUGUGGACGUGGAGUCCUGCAGUGUACUUUGGUGUCUGCCUGGCUACCGAUCUAAGAAGAAGAUAGCAAGGUGAAGAAGAGGCUCCUACCCUGACAAUCUCCAGGAUUUCGUUCUUGCUGAUGGUUCCGUUGCCGUCCACGUCGUAAAGAGCGAAGGCCCACUCCAGCUUCUGCAGGGUCUUACCGCCCGAGGUCAGGUGCAGCGCCACGAUGUACUCCUGAAAGUCCAGAGUGCCAUCGGCGUUGGUGUCGAAGCUCCUGAAGACGUGUCUGGCGUAGGCGGUGGGGUUGGCGUCGGGGAAGAAGCUCGCGUAGAUGCCCUCAAACUGUUCCUUGCUGAUCUUUCCACCGGGACACUCCUUCAGGAAGGACUGAUACCAGCUGCACAGCUCGGCCUCUGAGUACUUGGUGUUAGACUUCAGCUCCUCCAGGAGCUCCUUGGACAACGUGCUGCUCUUUGUGUUCCCCAUUGCUGCUGCUUCUUCUCCUUGGCUGGUCUAUCUGUGUUCACUGUGGCAGCAGAGGAGAUUAUGAUCAUCCAGAUGGCUCCGUGGCAGAUUUAGAAGAUGACCACGUCACCGCGCUAUGACACCUAAGAAGAGGAUUAAACACAGCAGGCUUUGGAAGCUCCUUGCAACGCUACAACGCUGAAGAUCCAAUGGAGAUCUUCAGAAGAGCACUUCGUACUACUGAGACACACUGGAUUUUAUAUUCGGACGUUUUGCCUGAACACAUUCAACAUCCGCAACAGACUCUGGUCCAGGAUUAAAGAUGCGGCAGCAGACUCUGAUCCACUUCUAGAAGUCUGUUAGGUCUCCUCAGAAUCAGAACUUCCUCCCUGGAAGGAAAGUUGGGCAAGUUCCAUGCUGAUGGACAGGUUUCCAUGGUUACCAAAAGAACCAGCCAUCCAUCUUCUAUGGCACUUGUCCUCAUUUGGGUCAUGGGUGAGCUGGAGCCUACCCCAGCUGACUUUGGGCGAGAGGUGGGGUACACACUGGACAGGUCCCCAGCCAAUCGCAGGGCAAUUUAGAGCAUACAGUUAACAUAAGGGAGGAAGUACCCGGAGAAAACACACAAACACGUUCCCACGGAGAUCUGAACCCUUGAUCUCCUGACCGCGGGGCCGACAUGCAAACCACUUGACCACUGUGUGGCCAUGGUUGUUCAGAGAUGAUGGUAAUCACAAUAUUCCUCAAAGGUUGAAUGGAGGCAAUGGAGCCUGUUAGGAAUGGAACAUUUUCCACUGUGUUUUAGGAGUAUGGCGACAUAUUUGUGCUUAUCUAGCACACAGACAUAACACACUCAGAAGACCUUUUGCUUGGAACAAAUGCACACUGUGCAAACACACACACACACACAGUGUGUAGAUAUGCCACCCUAUUUCAUAUCUGUCUGAGGAGCAACUGGCUGUCCAAACCUCCACUGGCUGGAGCCUAAUAUCCCAACAAUUAAAAAAGGGACAGAAGUCAUAAAAGAAAGAGGAACAUUGGCCGCUAAUCGCUCUCUCCAGUGCUGGCAUUGCGAUUUGAUUUCAAUUGUAAACUGUCCUUGAGACUCCUAGACAAAUUUAAAAUAUAAUAAAAUAAUUAGAAUAGUUAGAAUAAAAUAAUCGCCCUGUGAAAGGGCCGGUCUGAAGAGGAGUCUGCCUAUUUACGUCUCUGGUGAAUGUGUCACAUGGGGGUGGUCACGGUCGGGUUGUUGUGACUGGUGGUAGACCAUCUUAGAUAACAAUAGGUCGUUCAUCUGCCUGGUCUUCUUCACCUUCACCUUCUCAGACAAUCUUUGGGGGAGAUGGGUAUGAGGACAUUGCUCUAAGCAGAUGAUAGAUGAUGGUGUGAACCUACUCAUCUGUUUAGAUUGACACAGAUGGCUUCUUUCACACCCCAUCCAGAAUUUAGACAUUGAUUCCUCUUGAGAUGCUCGUGUGUUGCUGAGUCUGGACCUGAAGAACCUGUUCUCCUGUGUUGUGCCAUGUGUUUGUGUACGGGUUGCUUGGUCUCUCCAAGGUAGAGGUCAUUGUGUUCCUCACUGCACGGCACUGCAGAAACAGCAUUGCUCGGUUUGACAAAUAGAAAGCGUACCGGUGCCUCCAUUUAACCUUUGAGGAUCUGGGUGAUUGACAACCUACACAGCUUAAUAGCAAUACAGACGUCCCUCGCUACAUCGCGGUUCACCUUUCACGGCCGCGCUGUUUGGCAGAUUUUUUUGUGUGUCAUUUUGUAUGCUUUUUCUUACCGCGCAUGAAUGUGCAUUGUUUUCGGCGUCCUGAUUGGCUAAGGGACUGUAGACCAUUGUCAAUCUAACUCCUCCGUGCCGUGUCUCCUGUUGCGUUCGAUCGCUAGCAGUGUGGCUCUGAAGUGCUGUAUGCUUGCAAGUUUUCUACCCGACAAAACCCACAAUGACGACGAAACGUUCUGCACCUUCAAGGGCACCUGCGGCACCUCACUAUUAAUAACUUCUUAUGUGUCCAACCUCAUAGGUUGAUGUUUAAAAUUCAGAAAAAUGUGAGAAGAUGUUGAUGCCUGUCUGAGAAAACAUAUAUACUGUAAUAUAUUAGAUAUAAAACAUAUAUAAUCACUGUAAAAAAUAAAGCUGACAACUUCGCAAAUUCCGCCUAUUGCGGGUUAUUUUCAGAACCUAACCCUCGCGAUAAACGAGGGACCACUGUGCUACAUUUUAGCAAGUUGAUGUGAGAAAGCAAAGAAAGUGAGCAUCUUCACUAUAAAGAGCUGAGAUUAUGUUGAGCGCUCUGAUUAGCAUUAGUAUUAGCAUUAGCUGCAGGGAAUGAGUUGAUUAGAAAGUGCUGUUUUGUCUUGAAGAAACCUUGUCAUGGUUUCAUGUUGUCCUCACCCUAUCUAUCUACCUUUGACCCCAGUAAGGUCACGGACGUGAAGGCAUCUUUUGAGAUUGUUUUUGGCCUCCGCUGCGUAAUCCUGCGUGUUCAUCCUGCAUGCCUACUUUCACCAAACCAGAUUAAUUUAAUCUUUAAAAAUGUCCUCGUGUACUUUGGCAUAAUCACAUUACGUUCAGGAGCUCUUUUUGUCACAGAGCACACAAUGCUCGGCCUCCCUGGGGGGUGGGGGUGGGCAGGUGGACAAGUAAUACUCUGAUGUAACCACACAUGAAGCAAUCUUACAUUGUGUUAGAAACCAAAAGGUACACGAGCAUCACUGCAGGACUCAACACAUGCUCCAGUUCAAAGGUCACGGGGACAAAGAAGAACCCCCCCGCCCCCAAGGACAAUGUAGCUCUAACAAUGUCCGUGGAGACGUCAGCGAGACGCAGCAGCAGUUGUAGAAGAUUCUAGCAAAAAGCCUGUGGAUGUUAGCAGCGUGAUGCCAGUUGAUCUUGUGGCUGCAGCGGGCAGGCGGAGAGUAAGAACCUUGUUGUGGAUUAUAAUCCCUAAUCUGUUCUUUAUGAAUACGCCGAGCGCAAGUCUGGCAUAUAAUUUGCCAUUUGUGGCCGGCGAUAUGGCGGCAAAGAUUUGGAAGGGGAGGAGCGACGCUGAGGAGCGGAAAGAGCGGACUUUGUGUGGCGCCAGCGGGAAGCGCGGGGAUGACUCCCUAAAAGAAGCGGGUUUCUUCACGGCCAAGGAGCCUCCACGCCAACCAGAUUAUGAAGAUUUGACGCAUCUGCCGGCAGGCGAAAGACGGUGGCUGUGCGUCAAAAGCCGGGAUUAGUCGCCUUCUUGGUUCCGGCCUGGACCAUGAGGCUGGAGCGCGGACGGCGGGCUUCGCUGGCGCUCACCCUCAACUUUGUGGCGUUCGCCUUCGCCCUGUCGGCCGUGAGCACCAGCUACUGGUGCGAGGGCACCAGGAAGGUGGCCAAGCCCUUCUGCACGGGGCCGCCCGUCAAGGUCAAGCAGUUCUUCUGCAUCCGCUUCAACAGCUCCAACAUCAACGACAGCCGCCUGGUGCAGUACAUCUUUGAGACCGGGGAGGAGAAGUUCCUGCUCAGGAAGUUCCACACCGGGAUCUUCUUCUCCUGUGAGCAGGCCGCAGACAUGAACGGCUUCGAGUGUCGAGACUUCUCUGAGAUCGCACCUGAACACGAACGAGGCGUCCUGUGGCUGUGCAUCGUGGCCGAGACCUUGUAUCUAACCUUGCUGUUUGCCGGCGGCGCCCUCAUGACCUUGGAGCAGUGUCCUUGCUUCAGCGUCAUGAACAAACUGAAGCUGAGUGCCUUUGCCGCCUUGUGCACGGCGCUGUCAGGCCUUUGUGGGAUGGUGGCCCACAUGAUGUUCACCACCAUAUUCCAGCUGGCCGUGGCCAUGGGCCCAGAAGACUGGAGGCCCAAAACGUGGGACUACAGUUGGUCUUAUGUCCUAGCAUGGGGGUCUUUCGGCACCUGCAUGGGCUCGGCGGUCACGGCGCUGAACCGCUACACCAAGACCAUCAUCGAGUUCAAGUUCAAGCGGCGGAACAUCGAGAAGAGCCUGCUGAUCAAGCAGAAGCUGAUGGAGCUGGACCUCCACGAUCACAUGUGGUACAUGACGGCUGAUGCCGAGGCGCCGCCGCUAGAACUGCCCAUCAACGGACACAAGCCGUCCACGGGAAGCGCUUACAUGCUGGAAAUGGACCGUGUAGCGGAGCCGCAAGGAGAGGCGUACUGCUAAAGCAGAGCGGCCCCUUCUGCCCCUGUGGCCCACUGGAACACAUUUCCUUGAUCCCAAUUGACUGUUGGAUUUAAAAAUCUAAUACCGGAAUAUAUUGGUGUGUGUGUGUGUGUGUGUGUCUUGUGGAAAUAAUGUAACACGCUCGGCUUUGAGACAACAUGCAUCUCAUCAAAUCUUCCACGUGAUCAUGUGAUAUAACAAGCGGUGGGAGGAAGGGCCGCCAUCUUGAUGCUAAGAUGCAUCCUACAUGCUGCCUCUUUGACCACAUGACCUUUGACACAGCGCUGCAUCAACAUAUGGACGUCUAGAGAAUCAUGUGACUGGACAUAUUGUUUAUGUAACCACACAGAGCACCACAUGGCGGUGCUUACAUUACGUUGUGUGUGUGCUGAUUAGCGCCUCAACACAUGAUGACAUUGAUAGUGAGGGAAGGAUUAUUGAUGUACAGUAAUCAUUGCCACUCAUUGCCAAUCAUUGUGGAUUAUGCACCUUUUAUUUAAGUUUGUUGUCUGUGUCUACUCAUGCAGCAUUUGGAGUAAUUACAUCAUGUAGAAACUUUCAGUCAGGUUUUUACUAUGAAGCUUUAAUAUUUUUGACAUGACACAGAUCAUUUGUUGUAUUUGCUCAUGCACUGUGUGUGUCACUCACUGAAGAUGUCCAUGAAGAUGCUAAUAAA